AUGAGUUCUAAUAUACAGUUUGAAGUAACAGCGCCUGGAAAAAUAAUCCUUUUUGGUGAACAUAGUGUUGUAUAUGGGAAACCAGCAAUCGCAUGUGCUAUUGAUCAACAUACUACUUUAACAUUCACUGAAAGUUAUUGUAAUAACCAAGAUUUAAAUACAAUACCAUGUCGCAUUAUUUUGCCACUCAUAAAUUAUUCAGGAAUGUUGACAAUUCAUUUGGAUGCAAAACCUACAUUUUCGCCAACCACAUAUUUUCAAGAAACCUUAAACAAAUUAAACAAAAAUGAACCUUUUCUCAAUGAAUUAGAUACAUUAUCUGGUAAUGAAAAAAAAACACUUACUGUUUUACAUUUUAUUUUUGGAGGAAUUUUGUCAUGCUAUAUGAAACAAUUGAAAAAUGUUUCAUUCACUAUUGGAAUCACAUCUGUAUUGAAGUUGGGAGCUGGAACUGGCAGUUCUGCAUCUUAUUGUGUUUCUCUAGUAGCAGCUUGUUUGGCCUACGUAAAGUUUAAAAUCAAUUCUAAUGUAGAAAUACAAUUUGAUCCAUUGUUGGACGAUUUCCAUUCACAGAGUGGUGACAAUCUGCUAAUUAUCGAGGCAUUUACUGACAACAUAUCAUUCAGUGACGGGGAAAAAUGUUUGAUAAAUAGAUGGGCUUUGUUGGCAGAAAAUUUUAUACAUACUAAAGCUUCAGGAUUAGAUAAUACUAUUUGCACAUAUGGAACAAUGGUUCAGUACACAAAACUUAACAGCCAUAAAUUAUUGGAAGCUCCUGAAUUAAAAAUUCUUUUGAUAUAUUCAGGUAUUGAAAGAUCUACUGGAAAUGUGGUGCAAAGUGUACGCACAAAAUACAAUGAUGACACUUAUCAACCAAUUCUCGAUGCCAUUUUUAAUUCUAUAGGACAAAUUGUAAAUUCAGCAGUCAAUGCAAUUGAUCAAAUGGCUCAAAACCCACUACAAGAACUUCAACAAAUUAGUGUUUUGCAAACUCUCAUGGAUAUGAAUCAAGGUUUGCUGAUGUCAUUAGGUGUAUCACAUGAAACAUUAGAUGCUAUUGUGGCAAUAUUAAAAAAGUUUGACCUCCAUGCGAAGUUAACUGGUGCUGGAAUGGGAGGAUAUGCUAUAUGUCUUGUUCCUCCAAAUAUUCAUAAAUCUAAAAUACAAAUAUGUAUGCAAGAAUUAAAAAUUUAUGGUUUUGAAUCUAAUAUUUGUACAAUUGGUUGUCCUGGAGUUAGAAUACAAACUAAAUAA